AUGUCGGAAUUUGCAGAUUGUUGCCUUCACGAUUCUGCGUUCGAUCCAAAGAACGGUGAUAUCGAGGUCGUUCAGCCGCCUUGUGGGGGCCACAUUGAUACCGUUGAAGCAUACGCCGCGCAAACCACAAGUGCGGAGGAAAACCUCGAAGCUCUGAAAAAUCGAUUCAAGCCCAACAACUCAAUCGAUUGGGCAAUGUUUAAGAUCUCAGGCGAAAGAAGCGUUCUCAACAUGAUACACGGGGUCGACCACGAAAAGGGAUUCGGUUCGUGGAGCAGCCUUUCGACGGCUAGGGUCAAAUUCCAGGGUACUGCGGGCCCUGUUGAGGAUGGAAGUGUUGUUAAAAUCAGCCGCAACACUGACGUUACUUUCGGCAUCAUUUCCGGUGUCAAAGACGGCGUUAAUUUGAAGGAGAAUAGGGGGGGAACUAUAGAGUGGUGUGUCGUCGGCAAGAAUGGAGCCGAUUUCUCUGCUGCUGGAGGCUCUGGCAGCUUAGUGUUCAAUGAGAGAUUUCAGGUUGUGGGCCUCCUCACUGCGGGCUGUGAUUCUGUUGGACGGAUAACUUAUAUGACGCCCAUAAACAUUGGUCUGCAGAACACCCUCGUCAAUACUAUGCGAGAUUUGAAGUUUUGA